AUGUUUUAUUCUAUUAUACUUUCGUUCCUGGUCAUGAUAGCUAUCCUUGGCCCUUCUUUAUUUAUUUUCCUUGUUGUUUUUUGCCUUACUGCACUAUGGUGGUUCCGUGUAGCACCUGUGCCCGAAGCAUCUGUUAAUGCCGUGCUUGGUGACAAGCCUCUUGUAAUUGCUCACAGAGGAGCUGCUUUAGAUGCCCCAGAAAACACCAUUGAAGCUUUUCAACUGGCUAAAAAGAAUGGAGCAGAUGCCAUUGAAUUUGACUUAGAAUUCACAAAAGAUUCUUGUCCUGUUAUCAUACAUGAUGAUACUGUUGACCGUACCACAGAUGGAAAAGGUCCAAUCAGCAGUUAUUCCUUUGAAGCUAUCCAGAAAUUAGAUGCUGCAGCAAAGCACAAAGAUGGGACACAGUUUGGAAAAGUGAAAGUUCCUAGUCUUGAAGAAGCAGUGGUAGCUUGCCUUCGGCUGAAACUGAAAAUGUUUAUUGAUUGUAAACGAGAUGCAAAGUUGACCGCUCAGUGCCUCAGUCAGUUAUUUACCAAAUAUCCUGAUAUGUACAAAGAAACUAUUGUGUGUUCCUUUUACUUUAAUAUAAUUUAUAAGUUGCGACAAAUUGACCCAAAGAUAGUCACUGGGCUCACAUUCAGGCACCAAUUCAUUACCAAAAGUUUGGAUCAGGAAAAUUCCAGGUGGUGGCAUUGGUUAGCUUGCAUUGGUGACAUUCUUUUGGAAUUGGCACACCAUAUAUUCCUCUGGUACCUGUGUGGAAAUUCUGCCUGUUUGAUGAACAACCUAUGCUAUUCAAGCAACUCUCAUACCUUCUGGAAAAACCGUGGCCUUCACUUGGUGUUGUGGACAGUGAAUGAUUCCAGAGAGAAAGACUAUCUUCUUCACACAAAAAAGUGCAGCAUCAUAACUGACACAAUAAAGAAUGAUAAAAUUAACAGGCCAGAUACCUCAUGUUAA